UGGUGGUACCGUCAAGGCAGCACUAGUUAACAACAUGGCCGCUCCUCAGCCACCACAGGUCUGCCGGGGGAUUAUUAAGCAGGUUUUAUCUGGCGAUGCUGUCAUUGUUCGUGGGUAGCCCAAAAGGGGGCCUCCCCCGGAGAGACAAAUCAACUUUUCCAAUGUUGUUGCUCCACGUACAGCUCGACGAGCGACAUCAAAUGCUCCCGAGUCUACUGACGAUCCUUAUGGCUGGGAGAGCAGAGAAUUUUUGCGCAAGAAGGUGAUUGGCAAGAAAGUUCUUUUUACAGUUGAAACAAAGACUUCUACUGGAAGAGAAUAUGGUUCUAUUUACCUUGGCAAAGACAUUGCCACUGGAGAAAACUUGACUGAAGUAAUGGUUGCGGAAGGUCUUGUGGCAGUAAGACGAGAAAAUAUCAGAGAGAGUAAUCUGAUUGAUCUUGAAGAGACUGCCAGAAGCCAGGGCAAGGGAAAGUGGGCAAGUGAUGAUGCGAAGCAUGUUCGCAGUGUCAAAUGAACGUGUGAAAAUAUGCGCUCCUUCGUGGACAAGGCUAAGGGAAAACCCAUUGAAGCUGUAAUUGAGCAUGUCCGUGAUGGUUCUACAGUUCGUUGUUUCCUCCUCCCAGAUUUUCAUUAUAUUACUCUCAUGAUUUCUGGGAUUAGGUGCCCAAUGAAUAAACUAGAUUCUGAGGGCAAGCUUGACAAGUCCAGUAGUGAACCAUUUGCUGAUGAAGCCCGCUACUUCACAGAAUCUAGACUGCUACAAAGAGAUGUAGAGAUCAUUCUGGAAACUUUCAACAACAAUGACUUUGUUGGCUCCAUCAUCCAUCCGAAUGGAAACAUUGCUGAAGCAUUGUUACGCGACGGCUUUGCCAGAUGUGUUGAUUGGUCCAUGGCAACAGUAACAGGAGGACCAGAAAAAUUGAGGGCUGCAGAAAAACAAGCCAAAGAAAAGCAGCUUCGGCUGUGGGCAGAUUACAAGCCCUCGAGUCUAACAAUUGCUGACAAGGACAAGGAAUUCACUGGCAAAGUGGUAGAAGUUGUUAAUGGUGAUGCUUUAGUAGUAAAACGGCAAGAUGGCACAACUAAAAAAAUAUUCUUGUCCAGUGUAAGGCCUCCAAGACUUCCGGAUUCAGAUACUCCUAGACCACCAGGCAAGAAUUUCCGUCCCCUCUACGACAUUCCUUGGUUGUUUGAGGCACGAGAGUUCUUGCGUAAAAAGCUCAUUGGACAGAAGGUUCAUUGCACGGUUGAUUAUAUCCAGCCGGCUCAGAAUAACUUCCCUGAAAAAACCUGCUGCACUGUCAAAAUUGGAGAUGUAAAUGUGGGUGAAGCCAUGGUGAGCAAAGGCUAUGCUACAGUUUUCAGAUACAGACAAGACGAUGAUCAGCGUGCCAGUUAUGAUGAUUUGCUGUCUGCAGAAGCCAAAGCUAUUAAGUCGGCAAAGGGUCUGCACAACAAAAAGGAAACACCCAUUCACAGAGUUGCCGACAUCUCUAGUGAUGUUGGAAAAGCCAAGGGCUUCCUACCCUUCCUCCAACGUGCUGGUCGUACUGAAGCAGUGGUAGAGUUUGUGGCGUCAGGUUCACGUGUCCGUCUGUUUAUACCCAGGGAGACUUGUCUCAUCACAUUCCUACUGGCAGGCAUCAACUGUCCCAGAGCUACACGACCAGCUCCUGGAGGUGUUGGUGGCACUCUUCCUGGUGAAUCUUAUGGUGAAGAGGCUCUCGCAUUGACCAAGAAUCUUGUGUUGCAGCGAGAGGUUGAGAUUGAGGUUGACUCCAUGGACAAAGGUGGAAACUUCAUUGGCUGGCUUCAUGUAGAAAACAAGAACCUUUCUGUUCUUCUUGUUGAAGGCGGCCUCAGCUCAGUUCACUUCACAGCUGAAUCGUCUAAGUUUUAUCAUUUGCUCACUGCGGCACAAGACUCUGCGAAAGCGAAGAAACUUAAUAUUUGGGCAAACUAUGUUGAAGAAGAAAAAGAGGACAAGGCUGAGGAAACUGUAAGCGAGCGCAAAGUAGACUACAAGCCCAUGAUGAUUGCUGCAGUGACCCGGGAAGGUGUCUUGUAUGGUUAGUAUUGCUCUGAGGGACCCGCCCUAGAACAAAUGAUGGAUAACCUUCGAACAGAAUUUGAAAGUAAGCCACCACUUGGAGGAGCCUAUAGUCCCAAGCGAGGUGAUCUGUGUGCUGCUCAGUUCACAGAUGGUCUCCGGUAUCGUGCUAAGGUUGAAAAGGUUGCUGGAAGUAACGUAUCUGUACAUUAUAUUGACUAUGGCAAUAGAGAAGUUACUCAGUCUCUAAAAUGUGCAUCACUUCCUGGCAGUUUUUCAUCUGCACCUCCCUAUGCACAUGAACUACACUUAGCCCUAGUGAAGUUCAGCAAAGAUGAUGACUAUGUUGAAGAUGCAUUGCAAUUACUAAUGGGUGAAGUAAUGGAGCGAGAGGUUCUGGUCAACAGAGAAUACCGUAAUGGUGGUUUCGAUUAUGUGACCAUCCAGCGAGCAGACACUAAAGCUGACGUAGCUCGCACACUGCUCUCCCAAGGUUUGCUGUUGCUUGAUGAACGCAAAGACAAGAGAUUGCAGUCUCUGGUGAGUGAAUACCGCAGUGCCCAGGAAGAAGCAAAACGGAAACACUUGAGUAUAUGGCAGUAUGGUGAUGUUACUGACGAUGAUGCCCACGAGUUUGGUAUGGAACGGUAAAGAGCGCUGCAGUCUGCACAUUUUUUAAUGCAGACUUAAAUAUAAUAAAAAAAAAAAAAAGUGGUGACUGAAGUUUUAAGAUAACGUUACAUGAGGAAACUACUGUAAUACAAAACAUUGGUGAUAGUGGACACACUUAUAUACUUUGGUAUACAAAAAUUAUUUAGGCGAUAUGAACAAUGCACUUAAUUUUCACCAUUAAUGCUCCUAGAUGUGCGAAACUUGCCUCACAUAAAAUACUUGCCAAUAUUGCCUAUUGGUGAAGGUUGUCAUCAGUGUUCUCUGUUGCCAUGGUCACUUGUGUAUUUGUAGCAUACCUAGGAAAUUUUCACUGAAAGGCAAUUUGUGUACACUGUCUUCAGUUGAAUGCGACUGCCAGAGCCGUU